AUGUCCAUGCUGGUGGCCUUCCUGCUGCUCUGGGGUGUCUCCCUGAGCCCAGCGGCAGAAGCGGCCACAUUUUUUGACACCACGCCAGACCUGUGGGCAGAGGCUGAAUCGCUGCUGGAACCCUGGGCCAACUUGACCUUGACAUGCCGGGCCCAGCUGGUCACCAAGGACUUUCAGCUGUUCAAGGAUGGGGUGCUACAGGAAAUUGUGCACACUGACAUAGAUGCCAAAGAGUAUCGCUUCCCACUAGGAGCAGUGACUAGUGACAAUCGGGGCCGCUACCGCUGCUGCUAUGCUAUGGGCAGUAGAUGGACGGGGCUGAGCAACCUGUUGGAGGUCACUGGGGCAGAGACCCUGCCUCCACCCCUGCUCUCAAGUAAACCAGUGUCCUGGAUUACACCGGGCCUGACCCCGACCCUGCUGUGCCGAGGGGGAAUUCGGGGUGUGACCUUCUUGCUGAGACGGGAUGGAGAUGACCAGUUUCUGAAGGUGGUUGAGGCCCCUGAGGCUGUGGAGGCCACCUUCCCAGUCCACCAGGCUGGCAACUACAGUUGCAGCUACCGGACCCAUGCAGCAGGCACUCCCUCUGAGCCCAGUGCCACUGUGACCAUCCAGGAGAUGGCCACGCCGCCACCACCCAGGCUAACGGUCGAGGGAAAGUCUGCCGCUGUCCUGCUCCUUGGAAGGAAAGGCUCCCUCAGCUGCGUGGCGCCCCUGGAGGGCGCGGUGUUCCAGCUGCGGCGCGGAGACAAGGAGCUGCUCAUAAACCGUUGGAGCAGCAGCCCUGACCGAGUCUUCUUUGACCUGAAAUGGAUGGCCCCAGGAGAUGGCGGCCUCUACACCUGCCGCUACCACCUGCGUGGCGAGCAAAUGCCCUGGUCCGCGGACAGUGAACCCGUGGAGCUGCUGCUGAGCGAUGAGACACUGCCGGCGCCCGACUUCUCGGCGGAGCCAGCGACCCUGCGCCCCGCGGUGGGCUCGCUGGUGCAGCUGCGGUGCCGCGCGCCCCGGGCCGGCCUGCGCUUCGCCCUGGUGCGCUACUGGGAUGGAUACCAGGUGCUCGAUCUCCAGAGCCCCGCGGGCGCCGAGGCCCUAUUCGAGUUGCGCGAUGUUUCGCCGAUAGACUCUUCCAACUACAGCUGCAUCUACGUGGACACAGCGCCGCCCUUCGCGGGCUCGGUGCCUGGCGCGCACCUGGACCUGCACGUGGACGGACCCCUCCCCAAGCCGCAGCUCCGGCCCCUGUGGAGUGGGGCAGUGAGUCCAGGCCAGGAUGCUGUCCUGCGCUGCGAGAGCAGCGUGCCCUACUUCACCUUGGAGCUGCUGCGAGAAGGCGAAGUGGUGGCUUCAGCAUAUCACCCCUCAACGGACCUUGUGCUGACCUAUGUCGGGCCUCAACAUGCGGGCAGUUACAGCUGCCGCUCCCGCUCCCGGUGGCCUUUAGUGUCUGAGCUCAGCAACCCCGUGGAGCUCCAGGUGGCAGGAUCUUGA